AUGGUCACUGGCCCGGAAUCAGAACCACAACCACAAUCAGACCAAGAUCCCACUUUGAUAGCAGAACUCCUACAGCCCAUCUGCAAAACUCCAUCUCAGCGACAAGAAUGGCGGCAGCUCAAUGCCACGGAAAAAACGGGCUAUAUUGAUGCCGUAAAGUGCCUGCACAGUCAGCCAUCCGCCAGACAUCCGUAUGGCCAGCUGUCGGACGAUUUCCCCUGGGCGUAUCGGUCCAAUGCACACUUUGCAAGUGAUGCUGCUCCCUUUCUGCCCUGGCAUCGCUAUUUCAUCCAUGUGUAUGAAACUGCCCUCAAAGAGUCGUGCGGAUAUACUGGCCACCUCCCGUACUGGGAUUGGACUCUUGACUGGGAAGACCCUGCCAAGUCAGCUAUAUGGGACCCUGAAACAGGCUUUGGUGGUGAUGGAGCCAGCAACAACAUGAAAAUUGGAUCUUGUGUCGAUUCAGGCCCGUUUUCUGACUAUCAAAUCUUGUAUUCUGACCUUGCAAUCAAGCCACAUUGUCUCUCGCGUGGAUUUGGGCGGCAUAAUGAGUCAGGUGUAUUCGAGGGGAAAUGGUUCUCUCCAGAGGUUGUCAAGCAGAUUAGCUUGGAACAUAACUUCUUCAACUUUAGCAUGGCACUGAAAGCUGGGCCAUAUAAUAACAUGUCGAAUCAAGUUGGUGGAGAUUUCUUGUCAUUCGAUGCACCGAAUGACCCGGUAUCCUUUCUUCACUAUGCCCAACUCGAUCGAUUAUGGUGGAUGUGGCAGAAGGAUCAUCCACAGAACAGUACAGAGUACAAUGGGCCUAAGAAUGGCGAUUCAAAUGCGAUGGCAUCACUUCUAGACGUUCUUCCCAUGUAUGGACUGUCACGGGAUACACCGGUUUCGGAUGUUAUCGACACCCAGUCGGGGUUGUUGUGUUAUAAAUAUUAA